GAGAGACUCCCACCAACGUUUUGGCUCUCGAUGGACGACAAUGUGGCUUUAUAGACCUCUGCCCUAUACCCAAGAAUGCCCAAAACUGUCUGGAAGCGUACGCCAUGGCUCGUCAUCUCUCUCUAAAGAAUGGGAUUAUCCCCGUAGACCACGAUUCCUCUCUUCUUCAACCCACACUGCACUUCCAAAUGCUCAGGCACCUAUGUCAGAAACUGAGUGACUCUUCAUAUCCAUCACCAAUGUCUUGCUCAUUUGCACGGAUAUCGGAUAUCAUCAAUCGCAAGCUCGGCAGAGGCCGUCCUUCCGAGUACGACGACGACGAGAAGACACGGGCUAUAUCCAUCACUACUACUAUCACCAUCACGACGACGGCGACGGACUCGAUUGGGUAGGAUGGUGGUCCUGGAGACGGCUGAGUUUGACCCGAGGCACGGCAAUGGCCAAUCUGUUUUCGACCUCAACGUUGCCCUGAUGGUCAUCACUAAUAUCUUGAUGAUUUUGCGAUUGUAUGUUCGCGGUAUUAUGGCCAAAAAUCUUGGAUGGGAUGAUUUGUUGGCUGUUGUUGCUUGGGUAAAUACUCCUUGUAAUAUCCCAUCGAAAUCAGGGUCGACUCACAUAUGACUAGGGCCUUGUCAUGACCUUUUCUUGUAUAGAAAUCGUCCUUUUGACGAAGGGUGUUGGAUAUCACAUACAGGAUGUGCCGAAGGAGACGUUGCUUCAAUUUUUGUCACUGUCUCCUGUCGACAAGUUAGUUUUCAUCUUGGCGGGUGGAUUUGUCAGGCUAUCAAUCCUUGCUUGUCUUCCUCGCAUCAACAGAGACAGAUCUUUUGUGACGUGCGUAUAUGGAGUUUUUGUGGCAACCAUAAUCACUGCUGUGGCUUCAUUCUUAUUCGUCCUUUUGUCCUGUAUCCCGGUAUCGUAUGUUGAUUCCUUUCUCUCCCUUAUUCAUUACUCGGAGACUGAGUUGGAUAGAGAUGUAUUCAACGCCGCAAAGCCAGACAGACAGUGCGUCUCAAAAUAUAGCCUGUCUCGUAUGAGAUGGGCUCACUCGAUUAUGUCAACUAUUCUUAACGUCGUGAUACUCAGCCUCUGUAUAUGGGUUUCAGCGUCAACCAACAAAACACGAGCUCAAGUCAUUAAGAUGACGUCGAUGGUUUUGCUUGGACUGUUUGCUGUUGUUUCGACAAUCACCAGGCUCAUUCUUCUGCUUACAACAAACAUGAAUGUGGACAUGUUAGUCAACCACUGCAGAGUAUUAAGAACAACAACUGACAUAUACUAUAGAACUUACAUCAGCCUUCGAGUAGCACCAUUCUUCUCCCUAGAGAUCAACUCGGGUCUUUGGUGCGGCUGUCUCCCUGCUUUCCAGCCCCUUUUCGAGUGGACCAACAACCACUACUAUAAUCAUUACAACAUGAGGAAGUUAUCUCGAAGCAGCGCCCAAGAACCCCUGAAUGAUUCUUGGAACAGAGAUUACAUGACUGCAAACCCUCAUAUUUCAAUCCACGGGCAGCCAAGAGAUCUAAAAGGGAAUAAGACGGCAUCGGAUGCUGAAUCAGCCACUGGAUUCGCAAUGUUGGAGAAUGAAAGAGGCAUCAAGUUGACCACUGAGUUUUCGGUGCAUGUGGAAGACAGAGUUUAUACCGGAGAAGGGUCAGAAGACAUAGUAUCGAGGACACCAGCGUGGAACGCAUUCUGAGAGAAAUUGUCCGGUAUUGAUAGUACAAGUUAUACUACUAUACCUCAAUAGUCUUGUAACAUUGGGGUCUAACAAGAAGAAAUGGCCAUUGAGGCAGCAUUGCGACAUUUUAUGGAUCUCAACACCUUCGUUGAGAUUGACAAAGAGAUUUAUGAAUGUGGUUGAACAACAUAUUGCCCAACAAAUGAUUGAGGCUUGCCGA